AUGCUGAUACAGUCGCUUUUGAAAGUUGACCGGUCCAAUAAAGUGUACCAUCGCAGGAAGAGAAAAACCGCAUUGAAGGUCAAAGCAGAGAAAAAAAGUGGUAAAGUGUGCUUCUUAACGACGCAGGUAGAAUCGCACACAUUUCAUUUGCGUCUUGGUGGCAGAGGAGUGUACCCAGUGCACCCCAAUCUUGCGGCCUUUGAUCCUGAGGGGCAGUGGAAGAAUAUGAUUUCCACUCCGUCACCAUGUGAAGAUCAAAGGAUUUGUGCCAAGACCUGUCGCGUUGCUCGCAUCUUGUAUCCGAUGUAUCCCAUGUUUGAUCCAGAUUGA